GGUGGACCUUUAAUGCAGCUGCAGCUCUUCAUUCAGAGGCUGAGUGGAGACAACCGGAGGAGGGGAAGACCGUACAGCUCUGUUCUGAGCACAUUUUGAUUUAUUUUUUACCAACCGAGGGGUUCUCCCGCUACCUGUGGUGUUGAAGUGGGGAGAGUGCCGCCCUGCAUGCGGACUGAGCCGGACUGCUGCAGUCCAAAGGCAUCCUGAACGAUCGGAGCUCAGCAGCAGCAGCAGCAGCAGCAGCAGCAUCUCAUUGUGCGAAAUGCGUCACCGCGAACCGGUUCACACAUUUCAGCUCUCUGCUCACGGACUGAUUCUGAUUAUUUCAUCAGGUAACCACAUGCGCGGGCCGGCGUCACCGCGCUGAGCCCCGAGGAACACGAAGGGUACAGGGGUCAGAGAGAGACGCGAGACCGGGCGGACCGGAUGACGGCCAGACCCGCCGAGGCCCCGGGGCUGUCGGUGCCGCUGCACCGCUGCCGCGCGGGGUUCGAGGCCGGCAACGGCACCUGCGCGGAGCAGCUCGGCCUCCUGCCGCCGUUCUCCUCCACGCUCGCGCUCCUCGUGCUGGUGGCCGUGCUCGCGGGGAUCGUCCUCGUCUCCCUGGCGACGUUCCACUUCCACAAGAGGAAGCUCCGGAACAGGAAGAUCCGGCGCGCGCAGGAGGAAUACGAGCGCGACAGUCGCAGCCCCGCGCGCGCCGCCCGGGCGAGCGGCGGCGGCGGCGGAGAGCCCGCGAGGCCGUGCGUCAUUGUGCGGCCGGUGAGGCGCGAAGAGAAGCCCUCGUGCCGGAGCGGCGUGGACAACGGGGAUGUUGCAACGGAGGACAAACAAGCGCCGCACGAGGCGGUUCCUCUUGACUGUUAACUCAGAGAAACUUCAGGGAACAAUGGAAUAAAGUGGAAAAGCAAUAAGGCACAAAGAUCCCCCCACCCUACCCUCCACUUUCAUCUCCGCUGCUUGUAAGCCUAGAUUAACUUAGAAAGAGUAGAAAUAAUGCAGCAAACUGAGCAGAGUUCACGUCAUAACCACAGGCACACGUGACUUACCUGUUACCUGUGUGGACACAAGAACCACAGGAGUUCACCGCUUCAGGAUGAAGACAUGAAUGAAGGUUCAGUCUCCUGCUUGGUUUGGGAAAUGACUUCAAAUGGGUCCAAAGACUUGGCCUACUUAGGAUCCCAUGAUAAAACAAUGCACAAACAGAGAAUGACACGUGGAAUGAAAGAAUAACAGAUAAUCUACUGCCUUAAAAUCAAAUUACACUGUUUUCAGAUUAUUUAGAUUGAUCUGAACAGAACAGGAAUGAGUUUGCAUUAGAUCUGUCCUGUAAUCUGAGAUUACAGAUGUAAAUUGACAUGUUUAAAAUUACUCUGAACAGAAAAAGUCAGGCGUAUAGAAGAUGAAAAAAGGUUUAAAGGCGAGGGAUGAGGAAAAAAAAAUGGGAAAUGAAGAGAUGCAGGAAGAGGUAGAACUGAAGAGGAUGAGGACAAUAAGUGGGAUGAGAAAGAGAAUCAGAUGAGAUGGGCUUGUUAAAUAAGAAACUGGAGGCAUGAGAAAGAAGAAUUAGUAGGAUGAGUAGAGAUAGAUGAGGAUGGCUUGCAUGAGAAGAAUCAUUUUUAUGAGAAAGAGGGAUGACAACGUUACAUUUAAGGUGAGAACUGAAAACAAUAAGCUUGAUGUUGAAUAGUAUAGAUGAAAAAUGAGGAGGAGGUGGGAUGAGAAAAUGUACAAAUAAGAAAUGAAGAUGAGUAAGAUGAUUAAAAGAAGGGGUGGAAAUAUGUGGAGGAGGAGGAGGCACAAAAAGACGAAGAGAAAAAGACAAUGAAUGGGGGAAAGAUUUGAAAAGAUAAGUGGAAUGAGAAAACAAAAAGAUGAAAAAUGAGUGGCACAAGGAGGCAGAAUGAAGAAUCAGGAUGAGGUAUGAGAAAGGCAAGAGAUAAAGUAAAUUAGUGGUAUGAGAAAGCUGAGAAAAGUACAAAUAGGUGGUGAGGAGAAUAAGUGAUGAGAAAGCAACAUGAUCAAAAAUUAGUGGGAUAAGGUAAAAGUACUGGGAUAAUAAGUAAGAUGAGAAAAGGGAUAAAAAUAGUGUAGGGUGACUGGCAUGAGAUACUGAAAAGAUGAUAAAUGAGUGGGGUAAGGAGGUAUAAGAAAAGUCAGGCAUAAAGAUGAGUGAAAUGAGAAAUGGGAUGAGAAGGAACGCAGUGAGAAAAAGCAGUGAUAGGAUGAUAGAAGCUUGAUAGGACAAGUAGGAUGUUGAAAAGAAAAUAUGAGAAGGGAAAAAAGAUGAAAGAAAAAAUAUGCCUGUAAAGUUAAAGAUGAGAGUUUGUAAAUGAUGUGAAAUGGAAAAAAAUGGCGAGAUGAGAAGGGAUGCCUUUGAAGUUAACAAUGACAAAUAAGCAAUGGGUUAAGUGGGAUGUUAAAAAGAAAAGAUGAGAAAUGAGGAUGUAAAUGAGAAAACAGAGAAAGGAAUUCCUUCAAAGGUGAAGAUUAUGAGAAAUGAAGAUGUAGGAUGAGAAAAUGAUAAGAUGAGAUGGGGUGCCUGUGAUGUUAAAGUAGACGGGAAAUGAGGAAGUGGAAUGUAACAAAAUAUGUUUAAGGGGUGAGAAGGACAAGUAUGAUUUUAAAGGGAUUAGAUGAGAAAUCAGAAAUUGUGAUAAGAAAAAUAAGAAACUAUUAGGAUGAGCGGGACAUUAAAGGGGGUAGAUGAGAAAUUAUGAGAAUGGGGGUUAAGAAAAAUAGAACUAAGGAAAGAUUAUGAGAAGGAAGAAGUAUGAGAAGAGAUUGGAAUGAUGAGUAGGAUGAAAUUGUGCAGCUAUGAGAAAAUCUGCCAGCUGAUUGAAGGUUAGUUUGAGGCGUGCUCCUGCUCCAUAACGUCAUUUAGCGAACCGCCCGGUAACUCUUCAUUAAACUGUAAAAGUAUUUGCCUGCUUUGAUUUUUGGGACCUCUCUCUCCGUCCCCGACCUCGUUUAAACCUCAGAGAUGUUUAAACUUUAACAGGGGAUGUGACACUCGGUUGUGUUUAAUUAUUUACGACUUGGUGAAACAACUCAGUCCUCGACGGCUUGCUGAUCCUCCUUGGCAUGUCCUCUGACACACUACCAGUACGUAGUUAGACUAUAAUGGAUGUUGUGGUGCUGUUAGGCAGUACAGAACUGCAUAUAUGCUAUAGAAAACAGCUUAUUGUUUGCAUAGUAUUUUUUCCUUCAAUUAAGUGACUUAUAUAAAGUACUGUCCUCCAAUGUCGUUCAGACAUAUGUAGGUUUAGAUAGCUUGACAGGAUGCAAGAACUUUUUGCUGUAGUUAUGCACAUAAACCUUUUUUCCCUUAAAUGUCAAAUAGGCUAGUAAGUUUUAGUGCUUAUACAGUAUUUUGAUUUUUGAGUAUUUAUAAUAUAUUCUCUGACAUGUACUGAAAUGAGAAUUCUUCCAGCGGAGGCUUUUGGUUGAAGCCGGUCUUUUUUAUUUAGUUAUUUAUUUUUUGAUCCUUCAUAUCAUAUCAUUGUGAGCCUGAUAAAAAC